CCUCUCACGUGACUCAGGACAUUGCUGCGGGGAGCCGGGGACGGGCGCUACGGCAGCCGGGAAGCGGCGAUGUCGGGGGACGGCGAACGCUCCCCGUUGCUGCCCGCGGAGCUCGGCGAGCCGGGCACUCCCGGGGCGGGCGGGGUCCUGGCCGGGCCUGGCGGGCUCGUGCCCUCCGCGCCGCUCCCGCCCUACGGGGGUCCCGCCGCAGAGAAGCCGGCCCCGCCCCAUGGCUUCCCACCAUUCCUGGAUGGGCACCCAGCUGUGCUGCAUGGCGAAGACCCCCCGCCCUACUCACCCAUGGCCAGCCCCGACAGUGGCAGCACCCCCAUGAUCACCUGCCGCGUCUGCCAGAGCCUCAUCAACGUGGAGGGCAAGAUGCACCAGCAUGUGGUGAAGUGCAGCGUCUGCAACGAGGCCACGCCGAUCAAGAAUGCCCCCCCGGGGAAGAAGUAUGUGAGAUGUCCCUGCAACUGCCUGCUGAUCUGCAAGGUGACAUCCCAGCGCAUUGCCUGUCCCCGGCCCUACUGCAAAAGGAUCAUUAACCUGGGCCCAGUGCACCCGGGGCCUCUGAGCCCUGAGCCCCAGCCUGUGGGAGUGCGGGUCAUCUGUGGACACUGCAAGAAUACUUUCCUGUGGACAGAGUUCACAGACCGCACCUUAGCCCGCUGCCCACACUGCCGCAAAGUCUCCUCCAUCGGGCGCAGGUACCCCCGGAAGAGAUGCAUCUGCUGCCUCCUCCUAGGUGUCCUAGUGGCGGUAGCUGCCACAGGCCUAGCGUUCGGCACGUGGAAGCAUGCCCGGCGGUACGGUGGGAUCUACGCCUCCUGGGCGCUGGUCAUUCUCCUGGCUGUGCUGUGUCUGGGCCGGGCCAUGUACUGGGCCUGUAUGCGAGUCAGCCAUCCCGUCCAGAACUUCUCCUGAGCCGCCCCCGGCCCCUGCUGUGGGGAGCCCCGCCCAUCUCAGCCAGCUUCUGCCCAGCCCCCUGGUCCGCUCCUGUGCCCCUCGCCUUGGUCCUGCUCCCCUCCCAUCCCGCCUGAGCAGGAGACCCCCACAGGACGUGACCAAUGGAGGCAGCUGCGGUGGUAUCAAGGGCAAGGGGCCCCACCAGCCCAAGAGGGCAGUUGGACUAUGGUAGCUCUGUCUGGACCAACCCAAGAGGGAGUUGGAUUACAGUGGCUCAGCUGGGACCUACCCAGCCAAGGGACGCUGAGUGACAGAGAUGGGACCUGACACCCGCCCCCCAGCCAAGAGACACUGGGCAAUGGAGAUGGGACCCCCUUUCGCCCCCAAGGGACACUGAGCGAUGGAGCUGGGACCCACCACCCAGGAGACUUCACGCACCCGAGGGACGCUGGGCGACGGAGCUGGGACCCACCACCCCCACCCGACGGACACUGGGCGACGGAGCUGGGACCCAUCACCACAGAGACCUCACAGACCCAAGGGACACUGGAUGACGGAGACGGGACUCUCCACCCUUGAGACCCCGCGCACCCAAGGGACACUGGAUGACGGAGACGGGACUCUCCACCCUUGAGACCCUGCGCACCCAAGGGACACUGGAUGGUGGAGCUGGCACCUACCAGCCCCGACACCCUGGGUAACAGAGCAGCGACUCUCUGCCCAGGAUGAGGUGGCCAGAGGGAAGAAGGAAGCCCCCAUAGCUGCCAAGUCACUGGGGGUCCCAUAUCCAUCCUGAUGGGGACACUGCCACACCCAGCACCCCCUUGGCCUGCAGGGAAGUGGGGCGGGAGGGGGGCCCCCCAGCUGUGGGGGCAUUGAGUACAUUCUGGGGGGGCUGGGACCUACUGGGGACGGGAGCUGACACCAGGGACAGGGGUGAUGAGUAGGAUUCAGCUCACUGCUGCUUCAUGGUGGGUUCAUCUCUUAGGCCACUGUUCACCCCACUGAUCUGUGCUCUGUCAGGCCUGCCCCCCAAACCAGCCAGUCCUCUGCCCUGGGGCCACAUCAGAGCUGGUGCUCUCUUGAGGGAACAGACCCCAUGUCCCAUUCCCUUCCUCCCUGAAGCAGCCAGUCCCUGCCCUGGGGCCAGAUGGGAGCCGGUACCCCCUAGAAGGGAAAGGCCUGUGCCCUAGCUCUGUUUAGGGACCAAAGCUAACCUUUAUUUGGGUGGGAGAGCUGGAGGGGAGCAGCCCCUGCCCUGAUCCUCCCCCACCCCACCCCGAUGCCCGGGGGAAGCUGCUCUGGGUUUGCUCUCUUCCCCCCCCCCCCCCCCAGCUGCUCUGGUUCUUUGCACAUUCCUGCAGGGGAGCCAAUGGGUAAUGCCCCUGUCGCAUGGGGCCCCUGAGCCUUCCCAGCAUGCCUCCGAGCUCCCCCACAGGGCCACCCCUUCCCAUCCAGCCCCUGCUCCGACUGGGCUGAUCGCUGCAGCCUGGGGAGCAGAGCGCUGCCCCUGUUGCCGCACGUGGGGGGUGUGAUCCUAACUCAGCCCCCUAACUCCUCCCCUCCCUGCACGGCCCAGCACCAGCUCCCUUGGUUGGGGACCCUCAGGGGGAUGGGGCAGUGGGGUGGAAAGGACUGGGGGUGAUCUGCCUGGAGGGUUGGUGAUGAGGGGAGCCUGGUGCUGGCCUCCCCCUCGGGGAGGGAGAGCAGAAUGUCUCCGGCCUCGGUUCUUCAGGGAUCUUUGGGGGGCUGGGAAAUAGGGUUCACCCCCUUUCCCAGGACUCCCUGCUGCUCUGGCUUGUACAUACUGACCACUCCCCUGUACAUAGCUAUUUAAAUCCAGCCCCAGGCUUCUUCCCCCAUUUCCCCUCUGCCCCCCACCCCGUGCAGUGCUACUUUAAGCCGGUGUGUCUGUCCCGGGGGAGGGCUGGCCCAACUGAUGGAUGCCCUCACAGUGUAAAUAAAGAGAUUCCAUACGG